GUGUUGAUGGCGCGCUUUCAGAGUUGUUUGGCGCCGAAACUUGGCGCCCUUUAAUAGCCCGGUUUAAAGCCCAACUGUUUGAUUCUGUCCGAGUAGGUGGAGUGUAUCGACUGAGAACAAAUGGACGUAUCCGAUUUGCGAGCCGGGCCCUCUCACGUGAAGGACACGGUGGGAGAGCAGUGUCAGAAGCUAUUCCAAGAGUUCCUCGAGGAAUGGGUUGACGACAAGAAUGUCAAGAAGUACCAUGAGGAAGCAUUCAUGCUGCUGAAACCAGAACGAGACACGCUCUCGAUAAGUCUCACCGAUGUCGAACGUUUCAAUCAGAGCCUCUGCACCAUCAUCACCGAGGAGUAUUACCGGGUCUACCCAUACCUCUGCAAUGCCGUCAAGAACCUUGUCCGCGACCGGAGUGAAGUGCCGAUCGACAAAGAUUUUUACGUAGCUUUCACCGAUGUCAUGACGAACCACAAGGUGCGAGACAUGACCAUGGUGAAGCUCGGUUCCCUCAUCAAGAUCACCGGCCAAGUUGUGCGCACCCACCCGGUCCAUCCCGAGCUCGUUUCGGGUACGUUCCAGUGUCUGGAUUGCCAAACUUGGGUCAAGAACGUCGAGCAACAGUUCAAAUACACCGAGCCUUCGAUCUGCCCGAAUCCCGUUUGUAAUAAUCGCGUGCGCUUCAUGUUGGAUACUUCGAAGUCCAAGUUCGUCGACUUCCAAAAGGUGCGCAUUCAAGAAACGCAAGCCGAGCUACCUCGAGGGAACAUUCCUCGCAGUGUCGAGGUCGUGGUCAGAGCGGAAGCCGUUGAGACCGCGCAGGCGGGCGACAAAUGCCACUUCAUCGGAACACUUAUAGUCGUACCCGACGUGAGCAAGUUGACCACACCGGGCCUCAAGACGGACCGUUCUGGCGCGAGACAACAGCAACAGCAGGGAUUCGAGCAGGAAGGCGUGACCGGGCUGAAGAAUCUCGGAGUCCGCGAAAUGGGCUACCGGACGGCCUUCCUCGCGUGCGGUGUCGAGCCGUGCAAUUCGGCCAUGGCGAAUCGACACGAGGACGGAAGCGAACUCACGCCCGAGGAAAUGCGCAAGAACCUCCAACCUCAGCACUGGGACAAGAUCUAUGAAAUGUCGCAGGAUAAAGAACUUUACAAGAACCUCAUCGACUCCCUAUUCCCAACCAUCCACGGCAACGAUGAGAUCAAGCGCGGAAUUCUGCUCAUGCUCUUCGGAGGCGUUGGAAAGAAGACCCAGGAAGGAACCGCGCUCCGAGGAGACAUCAACGUGUGCAUCGUCGGAGACCCGUCCACCGCCAAAUCCCAGUUCCUGAAACAGGUGGCUGACUUCACUCCACGCGCCGUUUACACUUCGGGAAAAGCUUCGACCGCAUCCGGUCUGACGGCUGCCGUCGUUCGCGACGAAGAAAGCAACGAGUUCGUCAUAGAGGCCGGGGCUCUGAUGUUGGCCGAUAACGGCGUCUGUUGCAUCGACGAAUUCGACAAAAUGGACCCCAAGGAUCAAGUGGCUAUCCAUGAAGCUAUGGAACAGCAAACCAUCUCAAUCACGAAAGCCGGAGUUCGGGCUACCUUGAACGCACGAGCUUCGAUUCUGGCCGCCGCCAACCCGAUCAACGGUCGUUACGAUCGGAGCAAAUCGCUGCAGCAGAACAUUACGCUGUCCGCCCCGAUCAUGUCGAGGUUCGACCUCUUCUUCGUGCUAAUCGACGACUGCAACGAUAUCACCGACUACGCAAUCGCUCGGACGAUCGUCAGCCUACACUCGACCGGGAUUAAGGAUCUCGAGAAAUCAAAGGUUUACACCCGGGACGAAAUUCAGAGAUACAUUCAAUUCGCUCGCAUGUUCAAGCCGAAAAUGACAGAAGGUGCCAAGGACUACCUCGUCGAACAGUACAGGCAUCUGCGUCAGCGGGAUUGCGGCGGUGUGUCGAAAUCCGCCUGGAGGAUCACCGUGCGACAGCUCGAGUCCAUGAUUCGACUCGCGGAAGGCAUUGCCCGCGUUCACUGCUGUGACGAAGUGAAGGAGAAACACGUCAAGGAAGCCUUCCGCCUGUUGAACAAGUCGAUCAUCCGGGUGGAACAGCCCGACAUCCAUUUGAUGGAGGACGACGAGGACGAAGCGGCGGCGAUGGAAGUGGAUGUUGACGACAAGGAGAAUCAAUCCAUGGACGCCCAGGCUGGCAGUCAGCAGAAACCCAAACGCCAGCUCAGUGUCCAGUUCGAGGAAUACAAGGCCAUGUCGAACCUCCUCGUGUUCGCGAUCAGGCAGAAGGACACGGCGGAGGAGGAGGGAACGAUGGACAAGCAAGAGCUCCUGAAUUGGUAUCUGGAACACAUCGAGAAAGAGAUCGAUGAGGUCGACCAGCUGGUGGCGAAGAAAGAACUUUGCGACAAAGUCAUCGAUAGGCUGAUUGCUGACGGCGUCCUGCUGAAAAUCGGGAGCGUGGGCCUCAAGGGAGACAACGAGGAGGUCCUCGAGCAACCCGUUAUCGCUGUACAUCCGAACUAUGUGAUUUCCGACUGA